CAAAUUGGGAUAUUCUAACGUUAUUUGAUGCGCGAUUCAUCAACGACAGAAGGGUAUGGUAAUUCAAUAAGCGGUGAAUUUUAUAUGAUUGUUCAGCGUUGUAUUUGUUGGACCAUAUCCUAUUUUCUAUGGUUCGAAUUCUAACGACGCGGAGUGUUCCAGUUGUAUUCUUCGCUGCUGCACCGGAGUCAAUUAUUAUUGUUCUUUUCUUUAAGUAGUCCUCCUGAAAGUUAUGCUUUCCAUGCUAUUAUCAUAUUCUCAUCGACGACCCGCAAAGAUUAGAUCGAGUUCUUGUGACUGCUCAAGGGGGAGAAGACGAAGAUUUCCCCUCCAUUUGACUGAGCAGAAUGAAAGGAGUUUCGAUCAUUCCCCUCAAUUUCCUUGAACCAAGUGACGACAGCAAAAAGAAGAUGAAGCUUAGAGACUACAAAGGAGAAGACAAGAACAGAGUGACGUUGGCAGACAGAAAUCCAAGUUGCAGAUUUCAGCCACUCAAACUCGCCCUGCUAAUUAUUACAUGUUGCACAGCGUUAACACUUGUCUACUCUCCAAUCUCCCCCAAUGAUGAGCUCCGACAACCGAAUUUCAGCUCUAGAUUUGUAGAUGCUGGGAGAGUAUGGCAGAAAACACUCUCAGAUCCUCGAUACGUGUCAAAUCUGGAGGUUGAGUGGCAACAGAUAGACAGCAUGCUGCAAAAUCUCGAUGGCAAACAGAAAAAUCUCCGAAUUGGGCUGCUGAACUUUAACCAUACAGAGGCCAAUUCUUGGAGGCAGACGCUGCCCGGCGCAGAGUUCUCGGUUGUCCAGCUCGAUUACGCGAACACAAGCAUCACUUGGGAGGUUCUCUACCCCGAAUGGAUCGACGAGGAGGAGGAGAGCGAAGUACCUGCCUGCCCGUCUCUUCCUGAGCCCAGAGUCAAAACGGCAUCCAGAUUUGAUAUUGUGGCCGUUAAAUUGCCUUGCCGGAGAUCAGAGGGUUGGUCAAGAGAUGUGGCGAGGUUACACUUGCAGCUGUCGGCAGCGAAGCUCGCCGUGGCCGCAGGAGACCCGGCGGUGCACGUACUAUUUGUCACCGAGUGCUUCCCGAUUCCCAAUCUGUUCAGUUGCAAGAACCUGGUAAAGCACGAAGGCAACGUUUGGCUUUACAAGGCUGACGCACCAGCACUGCAGCAGAAGGUGCUGCUUCCGAUCGGGUCUUGUCAACUUGCAGUGCCGCUGAAAGCGGAAGUGCGCCCAGAGACGGGGGCGGGAGCUCGAGAAGCGUUCGCGACGAUCCUCCACUCGGCGGAGGUGUAUGUGUGCGGCGCUAUUGCCGCGGCCCGGAGUAUACGGAUGGCCGGCUCCACGCGGGACAUGGUCAUUCUGGUAGACGAGUCCAUCAGCGACCAGCACCGACACGGCCUGGAGGCGGCAGGGUGGAAGGUGCGCACCAUCCAGCGCAUCCGCAAUCCCAAGGCGGAGAAGCACGCCUACAAUGAGUACAACUACAGCAAGUUCCGACUGUGGCAGCUGACUGAGUACGACAAGGUCAUCUUCAUCGACGCCGACCUCCUCGUCCUACGCAACAUCGACUUUCUCUUCGGCAUGCCCGAGAUCGCGGCGACGGGGAACGACGCCACUCUGUUCAACUCGGGCGUGAUGGUGGUGGAGCCCAGCGAGUGCACCUUCCGGCUGCUGAUGGAGCACGUGCACGAGAUCACGUCGUACAACGGCGGCGACCAGGGAUACCUGAACGAGAUCUUCACGUGGUGGCACCGCGUCCCCCGCCACAUGAACUUCCUGAAGCACUUCUGGGAGGGCGACACCGAGGCCACCAAGGCCAAGAAGACGCGGCUGUUGGCAGCGGAGUCACCGGGGAUCUACGUGCUCCACUACCUGGGUCUCAAGCCCUGGCUCUGCUUCCGCGACUACGACUGCAACUGGAACUCCAUCUUGUACCGGAGCUUCGCCAGCGAUGAGGCGCACGCCACGUGGUGGAGAGUGCACGACGCCAUGCCGGAGCAGCUGCAGAGGCACUGCCUGUUGGAGACGGUGACGAAGGCUGGGCUCGAGUUCAACCGCCGCAAGGCCGAGAAGGCCAACUUCCCCGACCGGCACUGGAGCCGCAACAUCACAGACGCACGCCGCCACGUGUGUGUCGAGAAGUACUGCGACUGGCAAGAUGUGCUAACGCACUGGGGUCAACCUUCACCUGCAAAUUAGGUAUGGCAUUUUAUAGAGUUCAUUACAACACAUUCGUCUCUGUUCCUCAUCUUCUUCAUCACACAUGUAUAAUCGUGGGAUGUAAUUAGUUCGUGGUAUAGGUUUUAAAUUUAUAUGGUGCCUUCCAUGAGCAAAAGAAACGUUUAGGGGCAUCAUAAAUACUCACUAUUUUCUUUCGGAGGUGAAUGAAUAAAAGGAUAGCAAUUCGAGCAGGGAAGUGACCCUAGGAAUUACUGUAAUGAAUGUCGGAUUGUUGGUGUUUUUAGAGGAAUUGGAUCAAGACACUAACUCUUUGUUUUCUGUAGAAAGAUGUUCGUUAAAACAUGAAUUGUAUUAUUUUAUCCAGUUUAUUUAAUAAGCAGACGAAUUUCAGAAUUUAUUA